AUGACACGCAACCCCACGAGGUCCACUGUCCCUGCCUGGGUUGAAAUCUACAAUGAAGAUGUCCACGGCCAGCAAACAGAUAAGCACAUCGACCCUCCGCUGCCAACUGCGCGUCCGGAUCAGAAUAAAGGCAACCAUUCACUGAAGCGCCGCAUUUCCCAGGAUGGCUUUGUGCAUUGGGUCGAUGAAAAGCAUGAUCGCGUCUCCAAGCUUCCGGUGUUCAUGAGGAAACGUGCCGACCGGCCCGGACGACGAUGGGAUCAUUUGAGGACUGCUGAGCCGGUGAUCAUGGGACUUGGCUACCGGGCGCCCGAUGAAGACCCAUACGCGCGGUGGCGAGACUUCAUACAAUCUUCCAACUAUGGACGAAAUCCCGAUGAGGAGUACGAAGUGGUCCCUCAGAACAUACUCGACCAGCAAAUGCCAGGACUCAACAAGCCCGUCAGGACGCCGUUGCACCCUUUGGAUUCUACGAAGAGAUCCCGGAAGAAGACGUGGAUCAUGCGAUUUUGGAACUUUGUCUUGCGGCAUCCUAUUGCACCACUGAUUUUCCGUCUCGUGGUCUUGAUUACCACUAUUGCGGCUCUUGCUCUCGCUAUCAAGAUAUUCGAGCGCGAGCAGGACAACAGCAUCUCCAGCAAGGCGGAGCACUCGCAAGCUCUUGUUGCUAUUGUGGUCGAUGUGGUUGCGAUCCCUUACAUCUUGUAUAUGACGUGGGACGAAUACACCGGCAAGCCUUUGGGCCUUCGACACCCGGUGCAGAAGGUGUCACUCACGCUACUCGACCUCGUUUUCAUCGUGUUCAAGUCGGCAAGCACAGCACUGGCGUUUGAGGCUUUGGUUUAUCACAGUGGUGGUACAAAUAAUGGGACGCCAACGGAGGAUCGGGUGUCAUUCCACUUGGCACAGGGUCUCGCAGGCUUGAUGCUGGUGGGACUGAUUGCUUGGAUUCUCAAUUUCACCAUCAGUGUCUUCAGGUUGGCGGAGAAGCUUGGAGGGAUAGACGACUGA